AUAUCGUUGCGAAGAGAUUAUAUAUCGUUUUGUGCGGAAUACCUAUAAAUUGGCAAUGACCGUACUGGGUCUAGAUAAAAUUCUUUUAAGGAGUUUUGCUCCAUGGGAACCUUUCUUUUUGAAAGAUACUAAAGUUGUUGUGGACGCUGACGAUUUAGUUGGUUUUCUACAUGAUAAAUUUUCUACAGGACUGUAUGGUGGUGAAAAUCUUUCUUUUUACAUGGUGGUACGUUCGUUCUUUUUGAAUUUGCAAUGUUCGAAUGUGGAGCCGUACUUCAUUUUAAGGGGUUGCUGUGACAUGAAAGUAAGGGCUUUUUAACAAAAAUUAACAUAACUCCUAAUCCUUACUUACACGUUGCAAAUUGCUUUUAUUUAUACUGUGAACUUGUAUCGUUCUCCAGAAUCCUGGAUAAACAUCUCAAGAUUAAUACACUUAAUUGUUUAAUUUGUGUAGUGUUCCCAUACUGAAGUACCUGACAAGUUUGUUUUAUUAAAACACAUCAGCUGUGCCUUUCCUAAAUCACAAUUAGGAAUUUCAAGCUAUCUUAGUCAAUCCUCAUGUAACUUCUUCGAAACACCAGUCCGAAGAAAUAUUUUUAAAAUAUUCACUUAUGUAUAUCGUCAGCAAUUUAACUGGUAUUAACGUCAGAUACUUUUAUGUAGCCUAAGAAUGAGUAAUCCGAUUUGUUAGAAAUCAUCCAAACCAUAAGUUCAGGAUUGUAUAGAAACAGUGGUGUGAAUUUUUUUUAUCAUAAGCAUAAUUUCAUAGUCAUUUAAUUUUAGAGAUCUCUUUAGAAUACAAUAGUAGUGGACUGUAUAUUUCUUCAAGUUCUCAAUGUUUUAAGUGUAAGCAAUUAAAAGGGAACAAGUAAGUUUAAGUGAUUUAAAGAGAAAAAGUUCAUUAGGCUGUAGCAUUUCCAGGGUCACACGACCUUUCUUGUUUAAGUUCUUUGUUAGUGAUCCGUCUAUUAUUUCUAACUAGUACAUUUAUAAAUGGUGUUCUGCCACCACGUGAACUUAAUGGCCUGACGAAAUUGAUAGAAUUACUUAAUCUCUAGCUGACGAGUAUUUUCUUUAGAAAGGAUGAGUGUGUCAUUUAUAUAUUGAGAUUAAAAUGAAGACUUUUUAUUCAACUGUGCACGUGGCCUGUUUUCUGGUUUAUCUAAAAAGAUAUCCGUUAGCAUGAGACCCUACACUAAACCCAUUUCUACUCCAUUCAAUUGUUUGUAUAUUCCUCCGGUAAACAUGAAGUUCACAUUCUUGGUUCAUUUUAGCACAUUUAUUUAGGUUCCAAUGUGUAUUUCAGUCUCUCCAAUUUGGCUUGAUAUAUAAAAAAAACUGUCCAUAGUUGGAACAUUUGUGUAUAAUGAAUUCACAUUUAAAGAUAGCAUGGUAUGUCUUCUCAUUGGGAGCUCGUUAUAUUCCGAAAUACGGUGUAUAAGGAAGGAAACUAAUCUUAAUUUCGCAUAUCGAUGUAAGAAUAAAAAAUUAAAGCAUAAACAGAAGAAAGAAUUUAACGUGUUAUCACAACUUAUCACAGCUGUAAAAUUAAAUGCAUUUGAUAAAAUCCCCAAAGUACUCAAUUUAUCAGCUAGGGAUGUAUUUUUGUAUGCCUUAAAUGAAUUCCCAUGGAAGUGUAUUAGAGUUAAAUCUUUUCCUACAACUGUUUGUACCGCUAUUGCUAUAAUUUUACAAUGUCCAGUUAUUGGUUUAUCAUCUGAUUAUUAUAUACUUAUGUCAAAGAGACAAAAUAUUCUUAAUAAUUUAAUUUCUCAACCAUAUUCAAGUCCGACAUUUCUCACACUUCAUUUGGCCAAUCUAAAUUUGAGUGGUUCUAGUAAAAGUAUUGGUGAAAAAGAAAUGUUGUUUCACAAAUUUAUUCCUAAACUUUCAAUUUUAGCGAGAUCUUCAGAUUUUCACUUACCUCUUUUAGCUGUAUUAGUUGGUACAGAUGUUGUGCCUAAUGUAAGACUUCCAUUAGAAUUACAAGAAAAAUUACAAACAAACAAUUCGGCAAUAAAUUACGCACAACAUCGAUUAUCUGUACUCCUUGAAUGGUUUUCACAGUUCGAUUCAAAUUCAAUUAAACCAUUAGAAGAUGUUAUCAACUGUUAUCCAAUUGAACAGCGCACUUCUAUAAUAAACGAUAUGAUACACGGCAUUUCUCGUUUUGUUUGCCCUGUAGAAGAAACUAAAAAUGUUCUGAGUCUAUUGAGUGAUAAAAGUUACUUUAAUGAUACUUCAACGAAUACAUUUACAACUGUUAAAUCAGCAUUCAGAUCUAGUGGAAGUGUUGAGGAUGUGAUUAAUUCACUAGAAGGUACCAUUGUAGCAUACUUAUGGCAUGAAGACUACACAAAUGGGUGGCCUCCUCGUCUUCUUUAUAAUUUCAGGAAGGGAAUAUUAUUUUCAAAACCAUCUAUUUAUUCAUCUCGAGGUGUUUUUCUUCCCACCGUAGUUGAAGAUCCAAAAUGCCCAUUCUCAGUGCAUGAAACGUCAUUCUUAAUUCGAAGACUACACUAUCAAAUCCAUGUGUCAUUGGAACGCAGUUUAAGUAUGGAAAAUAAACUUGUUGGAUUAAAUCCUGAUGCUAUUGAAUAUAUGAGACAAAAUGAUAAAUUAGUGAUGUAUCGAAUCCCAGUCAAAUAUAUUCCUUUAGAUUUCAGCAAAGUUAGCACAGAUGAAGUUAUUAAAGAUAAUCUGGGUUUCGUCAAACUACCGGAAAACAAUUUAAUCCCUAAGUUACUUUACAGUUUAGCAGUAGUUUUAUCAUUUUGGUUUCAACAAUUAAAGUAUACCUCUAUUGAGAUCCCUUCUGCGUUUAGUGAGUCGUCUGUUGGACUUGCUGUGGCUUCUUGUGCUGUCGCAAAUAUAUACAACGAUAGUUCUUCUAUUAGUGAAUUAUGUGAAUUUUAUAAUAAUCUAAGCAGAAUUCCUGAUCAGUUGUCGAUUUCAGGUAGUAAUUCUACUAGUUUCAGAAUUGAUAUUGUACACAGCUUUAAUGCUAUACAGUCAACUUUCAACAGUUUUAAAGAUUUGGUUAAAACUCUCAACUGUCUUGUGCCAGAGAAUAAACAGUCAAAUUACUUCACUUUUGCACAGUCUUGGAUACUGUUUCCUUCUGGAAAGCUGGUACAUUUUUUAGCUACUCAGUUAGCUUCUUUAGAGCCCUGUGGUAGACGUUAUUCAGUCAUAAGAGUAUGGCUUCCGAAACUUCUCUUUAUUAAAGAAAGAAAUCCCGACGCAACAUCUAGGCUGACCAAAGCGAUAAAUACUUUGAUCACUUUUAUUGAUCUUUGUGAUAUGAUUAAAAUUAGUCUUCCAUCAUCUUUAGAUUCAUUUUAUAGCAUUCAUGAAUUAGAAAGCAAUUAUGUCCGUGAAACGAUGCAUACGGUUCCUAACCUAUGUGAUCGAAACAAUACGAAUCUAGUUCAUAAACCAAGUAAUUCAGCAUUUAAUAUAAUAUUUCCUCGCGGCUUUCGAGAAAGAAGAGAAAACAGAACGAGUAACAAAAGGAUUUAUAAUAAACCUUCAGCUGAAAAUAUUGUGCAUAGUGCUCAAGUACGUUGUCUUUUCCAAAGUAAUUUCCAUUCAACCUAUGGAAAAACCUAGAACAGUGACUUACAAAUCAUCUAGAAACAUAAGCUGUUAAGAAUAUUUUAGAAAUUCUAAUCCUGUUCACAUGUAACAAGUUGUAGUACACUGAUUUUUAAUUAAGUAAAUACAUUCUUUUUUGUGUUUGGAUCAUUAACAGAUGUAUCCAUAUUAUCGAAGGAAAGAAUAUCUCUAUUUUUUUUACCUCAUACUUUUCUAGUCUUCAUUUAUUAUGUAUUCAUGAGUCCAUUUGACCGCUAUACCGGUUGCUCUUUUUAUAUUUAAUUUCAUAUAUAUCAGAUAUGAUUUUUUUUUCAAAAGAUACUAUUUCCUAUCUUU